CUUUCCCUUCCCUUCCUUCCUUCUUCCCUCAUCUCCCCUCUUUUCAAAUUCCCCCAUCCAAAUCCGAUUCCACUGUUCCCACCUCUCUCUCUCUCUCUCUCUCUCUAAUUCGAUCGAUUCAGGCCCCCCCCACCCCCGGCGCUCCUCCUCCUCCUCCGCCUCCCUGCGCCACCUCCGGUCGGCGGCGACGUCGUCUCCAGACAUGUCGUACGACUACCUCUUCAAGUACAUCAUCAUCGGCGACACCGGUGUGGGCAAAUCGUGCCUGCUUCUGCAAUUCACGGACAAGAGGUUCCAGCCCGUCCAUGAUCUCACCAUCGGCGUCGAGUUCGGCGCUCGCAUGGUCACCAUCGACGGCAGGCCGAUCAAGCUUCAGAUUUGGGACACGGCAGGACAGGAAUCUUUCAGAUCCAUCACUAGAUCUUACUAUAGAGGAGCAGCUGGAGCACUUCUAGUUUAUGACAUCACCCGGAGAGAUACUUUUAAUCAUCUUGCAAGCUGGUUGGAGGAUGCUCGGCAGCAUGCAAAUCCCAACAUGACAAUCAUGCUUAUAGGAAACAAAUCUGAUCUAUCUCAUCGGAGGGCUGUCACCAAAGAAGAAGGAGAACAGUUUGCAAAGGAAAAUGGACUUCUAUUUUUGGAGGCAUCUGCGAGAACAGCACAAAAUGUUGAGGAGGCUUUUGUAAAGACUGCGGCACAGAUCCUACAGAAUAUACAAGACGGCGUGUUUGAUGUAUCUAAUGAGACGUCAGGAAUCAAGGUGGGAUAUGGGCGCCCUCAAGGUCAAGCCGGUGCAAGAGAUGGAGCUGUAGCUCAGAGGGGUGGCUGUUGCAGCUGAAUGAGGAUAGCGCAGCAUUGGCGUUGAUGUUCUUCUCUGAUCUGUUCUCCAAUCUGUUAAUUCUGAUCUUGGCCCUGAAAUUUUCUAUAUGUUCUGAUGCUGCUUUAGAUAAUGUGAAAUGUACAGAUCUGUUCACAUCUGUUCCUCGAUAGCUAUCAUUUGUAGACCCAUUAAAUCUUCUAAUCACUUUGACUUGCUCGAUUUCAUGAAUGAUUCGACUCUGUGCUUUGGGAGCUUGCAUGAUUUUUAA